AUGAAUUUAAUUGAUAUUAAUGAGAGCAAUAUGAUUGCCGGUCCAUCUAAUGGAUCUGACAUGAGAGCAACGGUAAAAAAUCCACAGGAGCUAGCAGAGCAGCAGAGUACUCUAAAGAGUGAUCUUCCAACAACCUCUGCAAGUGCAAAUGACUGGUGGAUGGAGAUUUCGGACGAAACUGAAGGAAUAUAUCCGCGCACAGAAAAAACAGAUUUUAACAAGGAAUCUGUGUUGACUAAAACCAUGGAUGUCUUAAAAGACAAAGCAGGUGAAGCAUACAGCACACUUAACAAUAUUGAGAAAGUAUGUGCGAAGAAGGUUACUGAGACAAUGAAUGCAGUAGGCCUCUCACUUGGUGAAGAAGCACAUGAAUAUACUGAGCUCGUGCCUAUGGGAGGACCAGUUGUUGAAAAAGAUUUGCAGCACGUGGAUAAUGAUAAGAAAGGCACUGUGUAUGUUGAAAGUAACUCUGGAGAAAAUAACUCGCAGCCAUUAAGAAAUGCGCGUGUAAACGCUUCACACGAUGCAUCUGGAUUGAUAAGAACAAACAUUACACAGAAUUCUUCUCUGAAGAUAGUCUAUACUAUGCCGUUUUUAAUACUUACCUCUAUUCUGCUAGGAAUGACAUUUUAUUCUAUCAUUAUGACAAUUCUUUUGUUAUUUGAAAAGCUUAAGUUUUCAUUCAAAACAUGUGUGCGUGUAAUAUCCUCGCUUAUGGUUGGCAUAUUCGGGAAGGCUGCAGCUGAAUGUACUCUGUCUAUUUUUGGAAUACUUAUUAGUGAUCUAUCGGAUAGAAAAACCAAAGGAAGUAUGAUCGCCAUAGUAGGGAUUAUGUUAUGCACUGUCUUGGCCUUUACAGUUGGCCCCAUCUAUCCUUGUUUAGAAGAUGGGCGCAAGUUUGGUUUUAGCUUAGCUUUGAUACUUAUCUCUCUUCUUACAAUUCUUGUGUUCCUUGCAUAUAUAUUCUGCUUUGAAAGAAGAAUAGAGAAGGAGAUGCAGGAUAAGGAGAAUAUUCCUAAGCUGACUAAGAAUAUUAAAGCAGUAAUUGGCUGUUUUAUAAUGGUAGUUAUGUUCGUCAUAUUAAUAUAUUCUACUCAGCCAAUAACCCCAGAUAACUUGUUUAUUUGA